AUUCAAAUUUGGGAUAAAAGAAUUAAAGUAAAUAUCUACUUAUUUUUGCAGAUUCUAUUAGCAAAACAUAAGCUUAAUGCAUACACUUCAGAUACCAUGUCAAAAAGAAAAGGAGUUUCUCUUGAUGAGAAACGUAUGAGAAUGUUGCAAAUAUUUUAUGAGAAGAAAGAAUUUUUCACACUGAAGGAACUCGAAAAGAUCGCGCCAAAGGAGAAGAACAUCGUAGUACAAGCUGUCAAAGAUGUGUUACAAGCUUUAGUGGACGAUGGUUUGGUACGAUCUGAAAAAAUUGGUACUUCCACAUAUUUCUGGAGAUUCCCAGGAGAAAAUAUUACUACAACAGAACGCAGAAUAGCUGAUACAAGCAAAAAGCUAGUAGAAGUAGAAUUUAAGCUGGAAAAACUGAAAGAAGAAGUACAGAAAGAAAAAGAACUGAAGAAUGAUACAGAAGAGAAGAGAAAGCUAUUGGAAGAAGUAGAACAGCUAAAGAAAGAAGAACAAGAGAUAAAGAAACAAAUUGCAAAAUUCAGCAAUGUCGAUCCAGAAGUAAUUGCAGAAAUGGAGAAAAAAGCACAGAAAUACAAAGAUGGGACCAAUACAUGGACGGACAACAUUUUUUCUAUACAAAGCUGGUGCAAGAAUAAAUUUUGCAUUUCGGAGCAAGAUCUUAAUAAACAGUUUAACAUUCCCGAGGACUUAGACUACAAAGAAUGAAUUUGAUUGUUGGUUCAUGCAACUGGUUGUCAAUAAAUUGAAUAAAUUAUUUUUUCUACAA